UACGUGUGCAAUAUCUUAAAAUACAUAAAAUAAAAAAUAUCCCACAUGGUUGAUUUUCCAGCAUAAAUAUUCAAGCUUCCCCCAAUUCUUUCAUCCAGCUCUGUUCUUGCAACUAACUUCAUUUUCUCAUUUUCUCUUUCCUUCGAAAUUCUUAAUUGACAAACACAGAAAUAAUCUCUUUGUUUCCUCGAUAAAAAUGGCGAUCAAGACGACUGGUUUCGUAGACGGUUCGCUACCCGAAGAACUGAUGCAGAUAUUGGUGACAUUGGCAUCAACAUGGGAAGAUGUAAAUGAUCCAAAUUGCAUCCAAGUUAAACGUUUAAGUGGGGCUAUGACUAAUGAGGUGUUUCGAAUUAUUUGGCCUAACGAUGAUAAAGUUGAUCUUCAUAGAAAUGUUUUGGUAAGAAUUUAUGGUGAAGGAGUUGAAAUCUUCUUCAAUCGAGACGACGAAAUUAGGACUUUCGAAUGUUUAUCACACCAUGGUCAGGGACCUCGCCUUCUUGGCCGUUUUUCUGAUGGUCGUGUUGAAGAGUUCCUCCAUGCUAGGACUUUAUCAGCAGAGGAUCUUCGUGACCCGGAAAUUUCAACUCUGAUUGCUGCCAAAAUGAGAGAAUUUCACAGCCUUGAUAUGCCUGGCAAUAGAAAUGUUGUCCUAUGGAGCAGGCUGAGGCGUUGGCUAAGGAAGGCAAAGAAUUUAUGCUCGCUUGCAGAAAUUAAAGAGUAUGGAUUAGAUAGUUUAGAUGAUGAAAUCCAGCUGCUAGAAAAGGAACUCACACAAUAUGAUCAAGAGAUUGGAUUUUGCCACAAUGAUCUUCAGUAUGGCAACAUUAUGAUGGAUGAAGAAACUAAAUCUGUUACUCUAAUUGACUAUGAAUAUGCAAGUUAUAAUCCUGUUGCCUAUGAUCUUGCUAAUCACUUUUCUGAAAUGGCUGCCAAUUAUCAUACUGAUACGCCUCAUAUACUAGAUUACACGAAAUAUCCAGAUGAGGAGGAGCGUCGAAGAUUUAUCCUUGCAUAUUUGACUUCAUCAGGUGAAGACAUUUGUGAUAGUGAAGUGGGAAAUUUGGUCCAAGAUGCUGAAAAGUACUCGCUUGCGAAUCACCUCUUUUGGGGCUUAUGGGGGAUCAUUUCGGCCAAUGUGAACAAUAUCGACUUUGAUUACAAGGAGUAUGCGCGACAGAGAUUCCAACAGUACUGGCUAAGGAAGCCUCAAAUCCUUGGUCCGUUUGUAGUAGCUCCUGAAGCUGGCGAAAUUGGUUUCUCAAAAUUUGCAACUGGACUGACUUACUCUUGAUCUCGAAAUUUUUGUAAAUUGCAUUUGUAAAAUCCAAAUGUCAUCAGUCUGAUCAAAAUGCAUCAGUACAUGCACUUAGCCUGUAUUGAAGGUGCUGUAAAUUGUAAACGAAGUACCUAUCCGGCUGUACCUUGUGUCCAAGUCUUAGAUAGUGCUAACUACAAGGCAGAAGCCCCUGCUCCAUCCAAGUAUCUUCCGCGACUGAUCAAUUUCACUAUGCCCAUUUAAUGCUAAGAUAAUCACUUGAUAUGAUUACAAUCUUGGAAGUUUAUAGUAUAAUUGUACUAUUGUGAUUUACGUGAAUUUUCCCUACUGUAGUUGCAUUUAUAGUAGGGAAACUCUUUCUUAUGAACAUUGAUGUAUGGCGGGGGUUGCAAACUAAUGAAAAAUAUCUAUAUUUUGCUCAA